ACUGCGCCGCCGCAGGCUGUGACCUCAGCUAAGCUUUCCUCCAUAGAACCAUCGCCGGAGCUCAUCCUUCAAGAUGGACUCAUCCCCUCUUCUUCCCUUCUCCGCUCCAUCCUCCCCUUCCGUCUCCGCGGUCGCCUUGGUCGGUGUCGUCGAUCACCGCGGACUUCCCGCCUCCCGAUCGUCCUCUGGACAGUGGACCGCCGCACUUUUCAUCAUCGGGGUGGAGAUUGCGGAGAGGUUUGCGUAUUGUGGGAUCUCUUCGAACCUCAUUACUUAUCUCACUGGGCCGCUCCAGCUGUCGACGGCAGCGGCGGCAGCUGGUGUUAAUACUUGGUCGGGAAUGGCGAUGAUGUUGCCGCUUGCUGGCGCGUUAAUCGCCGAUUCGUAUCUUGGGCGUUACAGGACAAUUUUGUUAGCUUCUUUGCUCUACAUUUUGGGCUUAGGUCUGCUAAUCCUAUCGGCUGUGUUGCCAAGCCUUCGUCCGCCCAAGUGUUCCAUCGAUGACGGCAAUGCAUGCGGUCCAAAUCAUUUCCAAAUAGGCUUCUUCUACUUAGCUCUAUACCUUGUAGCACUUGCUCAAAGUGGCCACAAGCCUUGCACACAAGCAUUUGGCGCUGAUCAGUUUGAUGAAAACGACCCUGAAGAGAGCCUCUCGAGGAGCUCAUUUUUUAACUGGUGGUAUUGUGGCUUAUGCCUGAGCACGACAGUGACAAUUAUACUGUUGAGUUACGUGCAAGAUAAUAUUAGCUGGACCCUUGGAUUUGUGAUACCGUUUACUGCCAUGGGACUUGCUCUCGUCUUGUUCUUGCUUGGGACUGACAAAUAUCGCUUCUAUCAAUUGGAAGGUGAAAGUUCAUUCCUUAGAAUUGGGAAAUCACUGGUUGCUCUAGUUAAAAGUUGGAUGGUGUCUUCUCCUGCAUUGAUUGGGAGCUGGACUUCCACAUCUGAUGAAGGUGCAGGAAUUGAUCAUAACAUGUUUGCGAAAGAUGAAGCACCAGAUGGAAUCCAAAUAGAAGAAGCCAAGGGAGUGCUUCGAUUAGUACCAAUAUGGGCGACAUGCUUAAUAUAUGCUGUAGUAGUUGCACAGUCAUCAACCUUUUUCACCAAACAAGGGAGCACCCUGAACCGGAGAAUCGGCUCAAACUUUCUGGUUCCACCUGCUGCCUUGCAGAGCUUCAUUAGCAUCUCCACUUUUGUUUUCAUUCCAAUCUAUGAUCAAAUCCUAGUUCCUGUUUCCAGAAAAUUUUCCAGGAUUCCUACAGGAAUGACUCAACUCCAAAGAAUUGGUGUCGGAAUGAUUGUCUCACUAAUAUCUAUGACAAUAUCAGCCCUAGUUGAGGUCAGGAGAUUGAAAACAGCACAAUAUUAUGGGCUGAUCGAUCAACCAAAUACAACAAUUCCGAUGAGUCUGUUGUGGUUAGCUCCUCAAUACAUUUUCUACGGCAUUGCAGAGGUGUUUAUCGUUGUAGGUUUGCAGGAGUUCUUCUACGACCAGGUUCCUGAUGCACUGAGGAGCCUUGGGCUUGCUCUCUACCUUAGCAUUUUUGGCAUUGGAAGCUUCAUUAGUAGCUUCCUCAUUGCUGUCAUUGACGAAGAAACUAGUAAGAGUGGAGAGAGCUGGUUCUCUGAUAAUCUGAACCGUGCUCAUCUUGAUUAUUUCUACUGGCUUCUUGCUGGUCUCAGUGCUGUAGGACUUGUCAUCUACCUGUACUUUGCACGAUCUUAUGUAUACAAGAAGAAACAAAGUUUCUUUACAAGAAAUUUAACGUCAUCAGGUGAUAUUAUGUAAGGCAUUAAUGAGGUUUGAGCUCUGUAUUUAUAUUGAAUUUGUAUAUUAACAGUCAGGUCUAUAAAUCUGGAGAGAUUAUUAGGUGCGGAGUGCAGAUUGGGAGAACCGUCUGCACACUAGUAUAAAAUCCAGCUAUGUACCAUUUGGUACCGCUGGGUACCACUAGGUACCGCUUGGUACCCUGUGUCUGUGCUGACGGUGCUCUCCCCGUCUCCACUCCGCACCUAAUAAUUAUUCAUAAAUCUGAUGGCUAAUUCUUGCUGUGCAAGUUAUCACUUAUCAAAAUGUUAGAAAUACCUAAGGUUUACAUUUCUAUGAGCCAUAAUCGCCUUCAGAAGCCAA